AGAUGGGCGACGCCGGCCGAAUGAUGGUGGUUACGGGGGAAAAGGGGGGACCUUUCAGGAAACGAGGCGCGGGAUGGAGGUGAAUGAGCGGUAGGUAUGUGGAAUGGAGAGGACAGCGCAAUUAGGAGGCUGUUGGUGGUUGACAGCCUGUGAAGUGCGCGCGCCACGGCAGAUCGAGACGAAAUUAACCCCACUUUUAGCCUCACUGAAGGAACUUGACACUCCUGUUCACUUGGGGAGGGGGCUGUUGGGCGCUGAUGCUGGCAGUUGCCGUCCCGCCGCCGCAGCUGCUAUCGCUACUGCCGCUGCAGCGUCUACGUUUGCGUUUGCGUACCCCGAGUUGCCUGCAACGAGGCUGAUUGCGGGCGGGAAAGUGGAGGAGGGGAGGGGAAAGGAAAGGGAAGAGAUGGGACGGGCAGAUGGAUAUGAGGGUGCUGAGCGGGAGGGGUUAUAAGAACACACGUACAUGAUUACAUUCGAUACGAGGCAAAAGUCGCGAACGAUAACAAUGGAGAAAGGGAAGAAAGAUUCAAUGGGAGAAGAGUGAGGUGAAGAUACUUACGGAUUCUGCGUCGCCAUUUCUCUCACUCAGUCUCACGUCCAGGGUUAGGCACAGGAGAAGACAAGAGGGGGGUACGGUUUUAAUAAGAGAGGCGUGUGUUUUCUGUGGCUGUCCUCGGAUGU